AGAGCAAUCAGUCCAAGUAGCGCUACAGUCCUUCCCAUCAAAUCCUGUAGUGACGAGGGGGGUUUGCGUUCAGGUGGGAUUUUAAAUUCUCUUUCAGUUUUGUUUGGAGUCGUAGACGCGUGUGUGAUACAGACCUCGCUAAAGAUGUGGAAGGCUGCAGCUGGACAGUCAGUCAAUGUGGCUGUGGAUGAUGGAGGGGACGACUGGGAGACUGACCCUGACUUUGAGAAUGACCUGACAGAGAAGGAGCAGCGCUGGGGGGCUAAGACGGUGGCUGGCUCUGGACACCAGGCACACAUAAAUAUCCAUAAGCUGCGUGAGAAUGUAUCAACAGAGCAUACCAGCUUGAAGCAGAAAGAGUUGGAAAGCAUGCCCAAGGCUUCACACGGAUAUGGAGGCAAAUUUGGAGUGCAGCAGGAUCGCAUGGACAAGUCUGCCGUAGGUCAUGACUACCAAAGCAAGCUGUCCAAACACUGCUCCCAGACUGAUACCUCCAAAGGUUUUGGAGGGAAGUUUGGAGUUCAGACUGACCGUGUUGACCAGUCUGCAGUUGGGUUCGAGUAUGCUGGGAAGACGGAGAAGCAUGCUUCGCAGAAAGACUACUCCACUGGGUUUGGGGGGCGAUAUGGAGUGCAGGCAGAUCGCGUGGACCAGAGUGCAGUGGGCUUCGAGUACCAAGGCAAAACCGAGAAACAUGAGUCCCAGAGAGAUUACACCAAGGGUUUUGGUGGAAAGUUUGGUGUCGAGACAGACAAGGUGGACAAGAGUGCUGUGGGCUUCGAGUACCAAGGCAAGACGGAGAGACACGAGUCUCAAAAAGACUACGUAAAGGGGUUUGGUGGCAAAUUUGGCGUACAGACAGACAGACAGGACAAGUCAGCAGUGGGCUGGGACCACCAAGAGAAACUACAGCUCCACGAAUCCCAGAAAGACUAUAAGCGUGGGUUUGGAGGGCAAUAUGGGGCACAGGUGGAAGGUCAAGACAAGUGUGCCCUGGGCUAUGAGCACAAGGAGAGCCUGGCUAAGCACGAAUCCCAAAAAGACUACUCCAAAGGAUUUGGUGGGAAAUAUGGUGUCCAGAAGGACAGGAUGGAUAAGAGUGCAGGGACUUUUGAGGAUGUGGAGAAGCCAGCCUCUUCCUACCAGAAAACAAAGCCUGUGGAAGCUGCGGGCAGCAGCACAGGAAGCAUCAAGGCACGCUUUGAGAACAUUGCCAAGCAGAAGGAGGAGGAGGAUCGCAAGAGAGCUGAGGAGGAGCGUGCGCGCCGACAGGCCAAGGAACAACAGGAGCAAGAGGAGGCACGCAAGAAGAUUGAGGAGACGCCGAAAGCCGCCUCGCCUGCACCCGCCUCGCCUGCACCUGCCUCGCCUGCACCCGCCUCGCCUGCACCCGGCCCCAGUCCCAGUCCCACUCCCAGCCCCACUCCACCAGUCCAGCCAGCAUACCAGGAAACUGCUAAGCAUGAGGAAGCCCACUACGAGGCUGUAGAGGAAAAUGGAGAGGAACUGUACAAAGCAGAUCUGGCCACUCAGCAUGCCCAGGAAGAGGACCUUUACCAGAACCCUGAGGAGACCGCAGCAGGAGAUGGACAGCAAUUUGAGUACAGCGAGGAUCUUGGGGUGACAGCGGUGGCCCUGUACGACUACCAAGCAGCCGGCGAUGACGAGAUCUCCUUUGACCCCGAUGACAUCAUCACCAACAUUGAGAUGAUUGACGAGGGCUGGUGGCGUGGUGUGUGCAGGGGUGCCUAUGGCCUUUUCCCUGCCAAUUAUGUGGAGGUUCGGCAGUGAUCCUGCCCUGCGCAGAGACUCCUUGUCUCCCCGUCCUGAAGCAAAAGAGGAAAGAGACAUGAUAUCCCCUACCCCUCCUUUCACACACACACUCUCUCUCUCUCUCUCUCUCUCUCUCUCUCUCUCUCUCUCUCUCUCUCUCUCUCUCUCUCUCU